AUGUCCAACUAUCGCGAUGCAUAUACCGCCCUCACCGCCGCAUCCUCCCGCUCCCAGGUCGCCCAGGUCCUCAACUCCAUUGCCGAUGCGCCCCCUCUUACGCUUGACGACGCGAACCGUAGAACCCUAAUUCAGUCUAUCCUCGCCGAUCUCCCCCGCUCCUCGAGUCCCAAGAAGUCCAGGCUAACAACCAAAGACGCCGCGCCGGCCCUGCUCGCCCUCAAGUCUCUUGGCAAGAACCCUGCCGGCUCAGAGGCCAUCGCCACCCCCGUCAAUCUUUCCGCCCUCCUCGCCUGCUACUCCUUCUACAAGGACUCUCCCGAUGCCUCCAACGAAGCACUGCGCUGCAUAGCAAACGCCAUGCUCCUCGUGGACAGCGCCCGCUCUGCCUUCGUCGAAAAGACUGUAGGCGGGGGUGAUUUUGCGGUUGAGCUCCUCGAGUCCUUUAUCACGGCCAUGGUCGAAGCCAAGUCCCCCAGUAUCACGGAUAUAAUCGGCUCCAAGUUGGAUCUGCUCUCCAAAACCAUCCUAUCUGGCACGAAAUUUGCACGUGAAGCAAUGACCGAUCUACUCAAGUUCGCAUUUAAUCUACUAUUGCAUUACCCUAGGAUUGUCAACGAGUCUAAUAACAAUGAAGUACCCGUAAUGGGCGAGGCCUGGAGUGACCGGUUGGACGGGUGCUAUUCUCCCCCCAUUACUCCGCACUUUUGGCACCCUUCCCCCGACCUUCCCCGCUCCGCUCGCGCCCCCUUGACCCAUGUCAUUCAUGCCCUCAUCACCAUCCCCGUGUCUUCCGCUUUGAAACCCGUCUGGCUGCCUAGCCGGGUCUCUCCAAUGGGCACACCUAAGCCUCCCGAAUCCUCCGAGUCGUCUUCCAAGGCCUCUCGCUCGUCCAGCAGUCGCGGAAGCAGUCGUGCAGGCUCCCCUACGACUGGUCCGGGCAAGGACUCGAAGCCUGGCGCGUUCGAUCGCGCCUGGUCAGCACUCGCUGCUGGACGGCGAUCACUCUCGCUCUCCCGCCCGUCGUCGCCGUUGCCUUCGUCGAACAUCGACGUCCUGCUGCGCGCCUACGACCUGCUCGACGUGUCGCUCAGCCACUAUCUCCCGGACACCGUCGAUCCCGACGAGGCGUCGGUGCGGGCGCGGUGCACGAAGGAGAUGGACUCGCCAUUGGAUGAUGUCAUGACCCCGCUGGUGGUCCUGAUCACUCGAUUGUGCGCCGCCGACGAAGGGCCCCGCCGGAGAAUGCGCGAGUGGCUCUUUCCCGACGACCUCGACCGGACCACGCUCCUCGAGAGCCGUGCGGAUCUGCUGGGCCGUCUCCUUCGUCUCCUUCAGAGCACACAUCACACCAAGCUCAAGAACAGCGUCGGCGAGCUCCUCUACGCUGCCUGCGACUCGGACGCGAGCACACUGUCGUCAUUCGCGGGCUAUGGCAAUGUUGCUGGCUUCCUGUUCAACAAGGGCAUCAUGUCAGCUCCCCCACCGCCGGCCGGCGGUAGUAGAGCUGCGGCGCCGGACAUGACCCCGUCGGGGCAGCCGAUCGACCCCAUCACGGGCGCCGUGCAACGGGAGCACGUAGACAUCGAGAUGACGGAGGAGGAGAAGGAACGCGAGGCCGAGAAGCUGUUCGUGCUCUUUGAUCGUCUCGAGAAGACGGGCGCGCUCCCGAAGGAGAACAAUCCGAUUCGGCAUGCGAUGCAGAAGGCGGCAGGUGGGCAAAAGUAG